GUUAAGCGAGAAAGGCAACGAUACUUCCUCGCAAUUUGAUAAAAUAAUGUCAGAUCUAGUCGAAUUAUGUAUUAAUGAAGUAGUGGUGGGAUCAAAUAUUUCAUUAAUCAUAGUAAAGGCAUUUGUAGAAGCCACGACGUGUAUUAUCCAUACAAUGCAACGAGUUAAACCAAUACAUGGCAAAUUGUUUACAUUUUUACCAAUGUUUUUGUCUACUUUCGACAUUAUAUCUGAUGAGAUUGAAUUGCCUUCGGAUAAAUCAUCUACUGGUACUUCUAUGUCCGGCCCGGAUUAUAAAGAUUAUAUAUUAAAUAAAAUAUGUUCUUAUAAAUGGCAUGCGAGUAAUGUUUUAAGUCUCAUUGGAGAAUUUAGAGACAUAGUAAUGACAAAUGAUCAGCUGCAAUUUAUUGUGGCAAAAAUUAUGAGGCAAUUCGACUCGAUGGAUAUGAAUGGAAUACCACCAUUGAUAUAUCAAAUGCUUUUACUUUCACGAAAGGGCCACAAGCGACUUAUUUUACGAGGUAUUUCUGAAUACUUCAAUAGCCUUGAUGAAGAGGUUACAGAUGAUCAAGAAUCAAAUUCAGACGAUCGUGUCGCUUCUAGUGAUUCACUAUCAUUUACGCAGCUUAGCCAUAUAGAAGGGACCGUAAUAAUUCACCUUUGUUUCGCUAUCACUCAAGAUCAGGAAUUAGGAAACGAAUUCAUGAAAUAUGUGAAAAUGAGUAAAACUGCGUUAUUCACCACAUUUAAUAUAUCCUGCUUAUUAUCGAUAGCAAGGAUACUUAGAUUUAAGGAUCAGACCCUUGAUUUUCUUAAAUCUUCUAUAAUGUCUGCGUUCAAAGAUCAAGAAAAACUUGAAAAGGCGAAAUGGAUGUCUCAUGUUGAUAGUUCUAAUAUUAUAGCCUCAGCGCCGAUAUCAGAGAUAUUUCACAAGAUAAUUCGAAAGACAUCUUUUGGAUGGGAUCAAGUCACGCAAAGUUUAGUACAUCUCGGAAUAUUUAUAUUAGAUUCUGCGGUUCCAUCAAGUCCAUUUUGCAAAAGCGUUGAAACUUUCAAGGUAUUAAGUGGGCCACCAACAACUUCUAACGAAAUGGCAGGUGAUUUAGGCACGAUUAUUCUGUUCGAAAUGUUUAAGAUCCACGAGAUGGUUCGUGUCGAAAUACUUGAACAGAUUCUUACCCGAGUCAUUUCAAAGGCACCGAGUGCUGGGUACUUCCUGAAUCUGCUUCAGCUAAUUGUAAAAGAAACUCCACAUUCACUACACAAUCAUCUUUCAAAAAUAAAAGGAACUCUAGAUUAUUUGACAUUUCUGCCUACUAGUAUUGCUGAUAUCUUUCUCAAAGCAAUACAACCCAUUAUACUUGUAAAUAAAUCGUUUCGCGAUGGGCUUAUGUUGGUUUUACGGAAGGGAAUGUCCACUAAGGAUGUGGAAGGACGAAAAAAUGCGUUAGCCGGAUAUUUGCAAUUGCUGAGAAUUACCACAAUUAGAGAUCCUGAUUCACAGGCAACAUCACAAAUGCCAUCGAGCUCUUCAAAAUCUUUGAACAAACAAGAUCAAAAUUCACUCUUCUUUGAGAUAUUAAGAAUCUUACGUAGAUGUUUCAGUCAACAGCCACAGAUACGACUAUCAUUAUAUCAAGGGUUGAUUGAUUUGAUGGAUGCAGAGCAAAAUUUGAAACCUAUUGUUUUUGAUUUCCAACAAUACUUUGAAUUAGAAACUUCAAUUCACGUGACAAUUCUUUUAGAUUCUUGUCUAAAUUGUGUAGAUGGUUCGACAUUUAUUAUAGAACCUCUUCCGUAUUUAUUUUCUUGUAUAAGCAAGUCGAUUACGUCUUCCGGCCCAAACAAUGAAAGUGGCAAAGACGACACGGCUUAUGACAAAGGACAACUUCAGAAAUGUAAAGACUUUAUUCAACUCUUGAUUGAGAGGCUACUUAAAGCCGACAUGACAGAGUUCUCGAUUGAUCCAGCUUCCGACUUUAAAAUGGCAUGUAGCGAGGGAAUGCGAAACAAUUUGUCAGCGAACCUUUUACUUGGUUGUUAUGAAGCCGCAAUUGAAUACAUCUUUUUUUCUGAAGAACAUACACUUGAUUCAUCGCAAAAGAUUUUAACGUUAUUCAAAAAGUAUAUGAUUUUGUUUGAAGUCCUAAGGGAAAAAUCUGUUAAUGUUCGAGGACGCAAAUCAUUAACCACAAUGCCUGAAAGCACAAUACUAAGCUUUAAGUGCAUAGCUGAACUUAUAAAAUUCAUUUUCAGCGAUGAUCUAAGUCACGCAACAGCGCUUUUAAGGACGGACACAGAAUUUAUGAAAUAUAUAAUUGCAGUGGCGUAUAACACAAUAUCGCAACAUUCAUCUUUUGAUUCGGGUGAUCAUGCAAAAUUUGAGCAUUGCACAUAUUUGGCUCGUGUUUUCAUGAAUAAAUUCAUCAAAGACGAUAAAUGUUCAAAUGUUAUUCAAAAUGAUGAUUCAAGAAAAGAUAAGUCGAGUCUUUCUAUUGCUUUAGAAAGCUUUAUGCUUCUAUGUCAGGCUGUAUCAACAAGUUGGCCGGAUAAACUAAAAGAUUUUUUAGAGUUGUCUUACCAAUCAGAGGAAUCAGAGGAAUUGAAUGAGAGACGUCCUGAUAAUUUGGAUAGUUGGCUUAGUUUGUAUAUUCAAGAAUUUGAGCGCCUUAUAGUUUCGUCAUUAAGCGAACGCACUCCACAAAUUAAUGAGGCAUCAUGGUCAUGCAAAACAAUAUCACUAUUGUCAACAUAUUACGUGAAUAAGGGCAAAGAUACCGAUUCUGAGUUUCAGGGACACAUUGAGCAAUUAAUUGAGUGGCUUAAUACUCUUUGUAAAGAACGCGCCAUUGAGGAUACGGGGCUUGCUAAAAUUAUCGUCAAUCUUUUACUUAAGUUAGAGCGCGAUAUGGCAGAUUUUGAUACUGUUGUGGAAAUGGCACACGAUAUGUUUAUUGUUUUAGGUCCUAUUACUGGUCGACCUGAAUCAAAUGAAACGCAACCGCAUAAAUAUAUGAUUGUUAAUGCUCGAACCAGUGCAACAGUAUGUGGCAUUUUGAUAGAGUUUUUGAAUGCAAUUUAUGAUGAAAUGGAAUGGUAUUUGACUAAGUUAAGAGCGUUGUGUGGUGCCAGUGGUACUGAUUCCGACGAAACACCAGAGUUUGAAGAAGUAGAACAAGAAAUUUGCUUGAGGUUGAUAAAACUUAUGAAUUCUUUGUUACACCUCGAGAAGACGUGUCUCCAAUCUACUACUUCGGAAAAUCUGCUCAAAUGUUUACAGAGGGCAUAUAAAGUUCUGAAAACCGCUGAAGCAGGCGAAAUCCAAGAUCAAUUUAUUGACGUAAUUAAAUUAGCUGGAGGCGAUUUGACAAAUAAUUUAUAUAAUUUUCUUACUGCAUUUGGUCAAGUAAAAAAUAGUGCUUAUCGACUGACAAGUAAAAAAGGAAAAACAAAAUCUAAGCCGUUGGCACAAAAGGCUAGAAUUACUAAGGAAUCCAAAAUAAUACCAGUAUUGAUUUUUAUUUUGGAGCAAUUCGAACGUUAUAUUAUGCAAUUGUCAAAGAAAUCAAAGACCGAUUUGAUGCAUUAUAUCACAACAACUACAUCACGAGACUUCAAGAUAAAAAUUGAAGAAUUGGACGGGAAUACUGACGAUCAGCCAAAGAGAGUAUCACAGACUGCUGUCUCAAACGAGCAAGAAGAUGAUGAGGCCGAAGAAGGUGGUUCGGAGGAUCAUCGAAGGAAACGACGUUGUUCAGAUUCAUCAAUGGAA